AUGGUUUUAGGGCAUAACCAAUAUCAGCGAGAUCUCCAGGAGCAGCAUUUUCUUGUUGAAGAACAGCCCCAAUUGCCGGCAGAGACAUCUCAUCGAUCCGGGAAUGCUGCUGUUGUUCGAAGAAAAUUUGCAAAACCCCCGGUGAAGGUAGCUUGUUUGGCAUGCCGGGCAUCCCGCACACGUUGCGAUGGGCAGGAGCCAUGCUCAAGCUGCGCAAACAAAGGAAGGGCAUGUUCAUAUCUACCAAGCAAACGCGGAGGACCCCGCAAAAAAAAAAGCAGUGUUACACCCACCGACCCGGAGGAAUUGGUACAAGCCAAUUCAUGGGAUCCUCCUAUUGUGCAGAAUGCUCAUUAUGAAGAAGCAGAUGGCGCCUUCAGUCAAAUCGAACCACUGUCCUUGCCGGGAGCUGGCUUGAGACAUCUUGACUUUAACCCUGAGGUGCAGGGCAUGUUUGUUGGAAUGUUCGGUCAUCCUGGAGAAGCCAACCAUCCAGCUGUACCUGUGUCACAAGUACCUUUAGCUUCAACGGGAAAGCACCCAACCGUAAGAGCAUAUGGCAGCGAGCAAGAGAUAUUGAAUGCUUACUACGAAUUCAUUCACCCAUACUUCCCCAUCUUACCCCCAGGCAUUGCGCAGCCUGGUCCAGAUCUUCCGUUGGAAGAUGCGGGCUCACAUCCAAACUCUCCGUCCGACGAAGUCAGCCUUGCUUACCAGCCAGCAUCUCCUCUUAGUUGCGCAAUAUCGGCGAUUCUUGCGCUAGUUCCGCUUCCCAACGUUCCUGAUUCCGCCAGUAUCAUGUUGCGAAGGUCGUACUCACAGACCUACGCUCGACUAGCGACUAUGAGGAUUGAAGCUGAUGGUGAGCUCAUUGAUUCAGUAACCGAUCCUUCUCAGGCGUUAAAUUACGCUCAGCCAACGAUCAAUAGACAACCGUUUCAUCCUCGAGCCCCUGUUGAGUUGGAGAGUAUCUUGGCUUUACUUGUAUUGUCCAUAUACGAAUAUGCGCAACGCGGCAAUAUGAUGAAAAUGCGGUAUCGCGCUGGUCAGGCAUGGGUUUUGGCUAUGAAUAUGUCCCUCCAUACGCUCGGACCGGAACAGGAUGAAUUUACUGAAGCGAGGAGGAGAGCGUGGUGGAUGACUUAUUUUUGUGUGCUUCAAGGAUCUAUCGCUAGCGCUACGCCUUCACCUGUUAUGAUGAAUGACACUCGAUUUACGACGCCUUAUCCCCAGUUUGCAUCAGAUCCAGAGGGUUGGUCGAUAUUGCUUCAAGCACAGCAAGUCCUUAUAACCGCCAAUCAAUUCGUCGUGGAUCUCAAUAGGUGUCUGAAGUCCAGGUCCAAUAUGCAGUGGAUAUAUGAUCAGAUGAAGCAACUGGAUGCGUGGACAUCGAAUUUGAUGACGCAGGCCAACGCUCCUCCUAGCGCUCCACGCCCUGGAGAUAUGAGCACAGCUUUGGAAUUCGACGUAGCUGAAAGUAUCCGGGCUAUCUCGAGAAUCAAGCUUGCUAGUGCACAAAUCAGAAUGCAUCAAUUUCGAGCCUUUUCCGACCUUCCUGUCUUCAUCAAGAAACACUUUGACUUGACACCACCAGGUUCCGACAUGAACGAGUCGUUUCAUAUAUCCAACAACGGAAAUAGCAACCCGCUGGAAUGCCAAUGCCAUCAAUAUCACCCAAUGGGGAGCGUCCUACCGACGGAGUAUAGCGGUUCAGCAUCCGAUUCAUCAGCGACAGCAGCUUCUGGCCCAGUACAUCCACACUACUGCUGGCUAAGUCCUGGAUUUCCAUUCAGCGCUCAACAAUCAUCAGAUAUCUGUCUACGGGCGGCUCUGAUGAUUUCACACAUGCUUGGAAGUUUACCGUAUCCUCUUUCGAUGCGGACUAGCAACCGUCGAGACUCCACCAGACACCAACAAGCCUUUGCCGAUCCCGCGCUACUGGAUCCGCGGACACAAUGUCCACGCACUAUGCCCUAUUAUGCUGCUUGUGCUAUGCAAGGUAGCUAUGCACUAUUGAUGCUUGUCUACAAGACCCGGGUUGCAAAGGACACAGCCAGCAACGCUUUAUACGAUGAGGGGCACCAUUCUCCGGCGGAACAAAUGCUUGAUGGUUUGAGCCAUGGCUUGGAGCGCAUUGUUGGAGUUAUAUUCAAUUUCUCAAGGGCUUUUGAGGCGCUGAGUGGUAUGAGAGAUCAUAUUGAAAGGGCAAUCCAUACAGCAUUCUCUCAACCCUGAUAUUACGCAACAACGGUCUUUUUUAUUUCCUAUCUAUACACAUAUACUACAUUAUGCAACGGAGUUCCCAAAAUCUUCACGACGUCAAAGUCUUGCAUGAACACGGUCCCGGCGUUUCGAAUAUUUUCUUGAUCAACACAAGGCCUUUCAUUGAAAUGGUCCUUUUCCAGCAUAUGCCCGAUAUGGAGUGGGAGGGUAUGAUGCGAGCACUGAGUUAUUUUUGGUUUACAUAGGUGUGGAGUUUUUGCUUAGAUACCUUAUCUACUACUAUGUGCAUAUGGUAUGGUAUAUUCCGCGAAUACCCUGGAUACAAAGAGGAAUGGAUGCAUGGUUUUUUAUGUAACUUUAGUUCGACGACGAAAAAGCUAAUUUGAUGUG